AUCUUCCUCCCCCAUUUCUCCUGGAACAGCUUCAGUCUUCAAAUAACCCGAGAAAGUCGGAACAGUCAGGGCAGCGAGGUCUCCACCUGAGGCAACCAAAGAGACCACACAGAAUGGAGCUCUGGAACUCCACCUUGGGAAGCAGCUUCAUCUUGGAGGGCAUUCUGAAUGACAGUGGGUUUCCUGAGCUGCUCUGUGCCACAAUCACAGUCUUGUACAUGGUGGCCCUGACCAGCAAUGGGCUGCUGCUCUUGCUUAUCACAAUGGAUGUGAGGCUCCAGGUGCCCAUGUACCUCCUGCUUAGGCAGCUCUCUCUCAUGGACCUCCUUUUCACAACAGUUGUCACACCCAAGGCCAUCAUGGACUUUCUCCUUGGAGAUAACUCCAUCUCCUUUGGAGGCUGUGCCCUUCAGAUGUUCCUGGCAUUGACACUUGGUGGAGCAGAGGACCUGCUUCUAGCCUUCAUGGCCUAUGACAGGUACGUGGCCAUUUGUCAUCCUCUCAACUACACGAUCUUUAUGAGUCCAAGAGUCCUUUGGCUCAUGGUGAGCACAUCAUGGAUCCUGGCAUCCUUGAGCGCCCUUGGAUAUACAAUUUACACCAUGCGGUAUCCCUUCUGCAAAGCCCGGAACAUUAGCCAUCUUCUCUGUGAGAUCCCCCCUCUGCUGAAGUUGGCCUGUGCAGACACCUCCACCUAUGAACUCUUGGUGUAUGUGAUGGGUGUGACCUUCUUGAUUCCCCCACUUGCUGCCAUUCUGGUCUCCUACACGCUUAUUCUCUUCACCGUGCUCCGCAUGCCCUCCAAUGAGGGCAGGAAGAAAGCCCUUCUCACCUGCUCUUCCCACCUGACUGUGGUUGGGAUGUUUUACGGGGCUGCCACAUUCAUGUAUGUCCUGCCCAGUUCCUUGCAUAAUCCCAGGCAAGACAACAUCAUUUCUGUGUUCUACACAAUCGUCACACCGGCCCUGAACCCCCUCAUCUACAGCCUCAGAAAUAAGGAGGUCAUGGGGGCCUUGAGGAGGGUUCUGGAAAAACACUUAUUUCCAACACAUCCCACUCGCUGA